CCCUCGGUAAGUGGUGUGUGCCAUGGAUAUAUAACCUGAUGUGCCAGUUUCUGCCUGCAGAGCUAACACUUAUAAUGGAUAAUAAAGGACAACGUGUUGGCGGAGUGGGUAAAGAAAAGCCCGCUACCCCAGAAAUACAGGAGCUGUGUGACUCGGUAAAACACCAAUUUGAGGUAAAAUCCGGGGUUAAUGCUGUAAUAUUUAAGGCCAUCAGCUUCAAAACUCAAAUUGUUGCUGGAAUGAUGUACUAUGUGAAGGUGGAUGUUGGAGGAGGUCAGUUCUGUCAUCUGAAAAUAUUUAAACCUCUGCCUCAUACUGAAGAGAAAGCGAGUCUGAGCGGCUACCAGUGUGGGAAGAAGAAGGAAGACCCCAUCAGUUAUUUCUAGAAAAUGUGGGGGGGGAUUCAGCUCUGCAGAAAUUCCGGAAUUACAAGAAAUUUCUUUGCAAAUAAAGUAGAAAUCUAAAAUA